AUGAAGAAAUUUGUCGUUGAAGUUGCAAAUGGCACUGAGUUGGCUGUUGCUUUCAAAGCAAGCUCGGGCUGUCCGCGGAGCUUGAUUGGAGUGACAGACAAGAUGGCUGUCCGAAAUCCCACUCUAGACGAACUAGAGCGCCGACGACUCGAGCUCGAAGGGAACAUUCAGAACCUCCGCAAAUCACUCUACGACUGGCGACUAAGAGAAGCUGAAUAUGACGGGCUGAAGGAUGAAAUAAAGAACCUAGAACACGAUUGCACGAGCAUCGAGAUACUUCAAGCUGGUAUCGACUAUGAAGGAACCGUCGUUGAUGAGAAGGAGGUCAGAGCUCUUAUUGGCGUUGGACAGAACAUCACGCGAUCCAGAGACCAGGUUGUUCAGCAGAUUACUCGAAGACUCGACUACGUCAAGCAGAAUGUUGCGCUAUUGGAGAAACGGCUAUUGGCAGCAGAGGCAGACUUGGAUAGGUUAUUGUCAGUUGAACGCCCCGGGCCCAAUGCUGCUACAGAAGAGUAUGCCGUGACCGAGAUCUUCGAGGAGCUGGAUGAGAAUGGGGAUGUUAUCUCUAGCAAGGUCUCGAAUCCCGCUGACCGCGCUCCUGAGAUUAUGGAUAUGCUCAAGAAAGCUGGUGUGGAGAUUCCUCAAGGACAGGAGCGUAGUAAACAAGAGGGUGACAAAGUGGGCUCAAAGGAGGGGACAUCGGUUGCGGAUACACUCAAAGAAACCAGCAAGUUGGGUGUUACUUCGGUCAAUAAUGACGAGGCAAAGAUGACAUCGACCACGACUGCCGUUCCCGCAAUUGCAAACCCCGCUACUGAUGACUUUGACGACUCAGACUCUGAGCCGCCCGUUCUAGAAGUCAACGAGUCUCCUGAGGAUGCAAAGCUUCGUCGUGAAAUGCUCGAAUACAGCUUCCACGAAGUAGGCAGAGUUGUCGCCGAGCUCGAGCUGGACGAGGAUGGCAGCGAAAUAUCCGUCGACGAUGACUACGACGAUGACGAUGAUUACGAAGAAGAAGAAGACGAGUAUGGACGUACAACGACACCAGUUCUGACGGAAGAAUAUCACCGACAGAUGAAGGAAUUAGAAGAAAGGCUUAAGGCUGGUGGUUAUAUUAAUCUGGGUCCUGCUGCAAAUAUUGCUACUGAAGCCAAGGAGACUGCAGAAGCAGCGUCACACGGAGGUGUUUUGAAAGUCACUGCUAUUGAAAGAGAUGCGGAUGAUAACAUAUCUUCUGGCGGAAAGAAAGAUGAACCGAAAAAGCCCAAGAAGAAAGUCGCCUUUGCCCAAGAGCUAGAUAUCGCGCCAGAGUCAACACAGCCAACGGCUCCAGUGCAGACAAAACGAAAGAUUGAUGUUAUCAAGUCGGAUGUCACACCUCUGUCAGAUUCCAUUGUUGAGCGCUCUGCCUCAGCUCCAAGCACUGGUAGUCAAGAUACUACAACUUCUACAAAAAAGAAAACGUCGAGAUUCAAAUCCGCCAGAAAAGACGGCAGCCCAACGCCGGGCGAUUCGACUACACCUGGCAUCAUUCCCGGCCAACGAUCAAUCCUCAUGAAAUCAGAUCAACCACCCUCGGCUUCAUCUCUUUCUCUAUUCCCCGCCAAAUCCAAUGGACCGAAGCGAUUCUCUCAACCUAUCAUAGCUGGUGAUGUAUUCGCCGCUACUUCUACCGCACGAUCAACAGAACGCGAAGCCAAACCUCCCGAAGGCAAAAUCACCGCCGAAACACUCAUCGAACGACCCGUGAUUGACAAAAACACCGUUCUCCCACCGGAUCCAGACGAAAUCGAUGAAGAAAUCCACCGCAAGGAAGUAGCGACUGAAUUCUAUCGUCGUCGAAAUCUGAGGAUUCAGCAAAGUGGCGGAUUCUUGAAAGAUGAGGACGAGGAUGAGCGGGAUCAGCUUUAUGAGUUGGAUGAGAAUGAUCAGCCGAAGAGGAAGGUUAGUAAGUUUAAAGCCGCGAGGUUGCGAUCUUGAUUUUAUGAUGUAUAUCAAUCUGAUGCCUGCUCAAUUCCUC